UACUUUUUUAUAAUUCACCUCAAGGAUGACACUGAAAGAAUCUAUCCUCCUCUCUUCCUUGUUCUUAAAAGAUUGAUUAAAGCUGAAGAAACAAAUAAUACCUUCUUCUCUUCUUCACUGGUCCUUGUGGUCUGAACAGAUCUCUGCAAAAUUUUGAUACUUCUGGUGUUCUAGAUUAUCCAGAGAUGUCGAAACAGACAAAACAGACAAAACAGACAUACAGAGUAUGUUUUUGUUUUACAAGGAGAUUCAAAUUGACAGUAGCAGAAGCACCAGAAGAGAUCAAAACAGUAUUCGAAACGUAUUCAGAGAAUGGGAUUAUGAGUGUUGAUCAUUUACAUGAAUUCAUGACUGAAUAUCAGGGUGAAAGUAAUGUUACUAAAGAAGAUGCUCAGGCUAUUAUUGAUAGUGUUAAACAUUUGAAUAUCUUUCAGAGGAAAGGAUUGAAUCUUGAGCAUUUCUUUAGGUAUUUGUUUGGUGAUAUUAAUCCUCCUCUAUCACAUACUCCCACGGUGCAUCAAGAUAUGAAUGCUCCGUUAUCCCAUUAUUUCAUAUACACUGGGCACAAUUCGUAUUUAACUGGGAAUCAACUUAGCAGUGAUUGUAGUGAUGUCCCAAUAAUAAAGGCUUUACACAGAGGUGUAAGAGUGAUUGAGCUUGACAUGUGGCCGAAUGACGCCAAAGAUAAUGUGGAUAUUCUUCAUGGAAGAACACUGACAACUCCAGUGGAACUCAUCAAAUGUUUGAGGUCAAUCAAAGAGCAUGCAUUUGUUGCGUCUCCAUAUCCUGUUGUCAUAACACUAGAAGAUCAUCUUACUCCCGAUCUUCAAACUAAAGUUGCAGAUAUGAUCACUGAAACAUUCGGAGACAUGUUGUUUACCCCUGGGGCAGAAUGCUUAGGAGAAUUCCCUUCACCUGAAUCACUCAAAAAACGGGUUAUGAUUUCAACUAAACCCCCCAAGGAAUACCUUGAGUCCAGGACUAUGAAGGAUAAGGAGAAUGACUCACAGAAGGGCAAGGAUUCUGUUGAGGAUGAAGCAUGGGGAACCGAAGUUCCUGACCUUGGAGAUGAAUUUGAUGAUGACAAUAAGUAUGGCUCAGCUAGAGAAAUACCUCAGGAAGAUGACGAUACAGAUGAAGGAGACCAGAAGGUGCAGCAGAGUGCAGGACUCGCAUAUAAGAGUUUAAUCGCCAUUCAUGCUGGAAAACCUAAAGGUGGUUUAGAGGAAGCGCUGAAGGUGGAUUUAAACAAAGUCAGACGUCUUAGCAUGAGCGAACAAGAGCUCGAAAAAGCUGCAAAAACUCACGGAAAGGCUAUUGUUAGGUUCACCCAGAGGAACAUAUUGAGGGUAUACCCAAAGGGGACACGCUUUAACUCAUCAAACUAUAACCCACUAAUUGGGUGGAUGCAUGGAGCUCAGAUGGUUGCAUUUAAUAUGCAGGGAUACGGUAGGUCGCUCUGGGUAAUGCAGGGAAUGUUCAAAGCUAAUGGAGGGUGUGGGUAUGUGAAAAAACCUGAUUUUCUAAUGAAAGGUGGUCACGAUGUCUUUGAUCCUAGAGCAUCUUUACCAGUGAGGCAAAUCUUGAAGGUGAGAGUAUACAUGGGGGAAGGAUGGUAUCUGGAUUUCCGUCACACACACUUCGACGCUUACUCCCCACCAGACUUCUAUACAAGGGUAGGAAUUGCUGGAGUUCCAGCUGAUACUGUAAUGGUUAAAACUAAGACGAAAGAAGAUGAAUGGAUACCAGUUUGGAACGAGGAGUUUGAGUUCCCAUUGACUGUUCCGGAAUUGGCUUUGCUCCGAAUUGAAGUUCACGAAUACGACAUGUCAGAGAAGGAUGACUUUGCAGGCCAAACUUGUUUGCCCGUAUCAGAAUUGAGGCCAGGAAUCCGAGCUGUACCACUGUUCAGCCGCAAGGGAGAGAAGUACAAGAACGUAAAGCUUCUAAUGCGCUUCGAUAUCACAUAUGUUUAGAGCUACUAUCCCAUAUAUAUUGGAACACGAUUGUUUAUUAUUGGUGCUUGUUGUGUAUUAUGUGUAGUAUAUAUACCUUCUUCUGCUUCUCAAAUCAGACCAGUGUUGUUGUAAAGUUUCCCUAUUUGUUACCUGGAUGUGUUGUAUUUCACCACCACUUAAAAUAAAUAUCCUUUCACAUA